AUGAAAAUACUGAUCUCAACCGUCGCUCUUGCGGCUAUCUUCAUAGGUGCAGCGGAGGCGAAAAAUACAACCGACUCAGCUAAAUACUAUGACUUUGUUAUUGUUGGCGGAGGUACUAGCGGACUGGUUGUUGCCAACAGACUUUCAGAAUUGAAAGAUGUCACUGUGGCGGUUAUUGAAGCUGGAGAUUCCGUCCUCAACAACGCUCACGUCUCUAACAUUAUGGGUUACGGUCAGACAUUUGGAACAGCCAUCGACUGGGCAUACGAGACCGAAAACCAAACGUACGCCGGCGGAUCAAAGCAGAUCAUACGUGCUGGAAAAGCGAUCGGUGGCACAAGCACUAUCAAUGGAAUGUCGUAUACUCGAGCCCAAGAUGUCCAAAUCGAUGCUUGGGAAGCGUUUGGAAACAAAGGGUGGAACUGGGAGAGUCUCCUUCCAUACUAUAAGAAAUCAGAAGGGUUCCAGGCGCCCACCCUGGACCAAGUUUCUAAUGGUGCAGACUACUAUAGCAGUUACCAUGGGGAGGGCGGUCCGCUGAAGGUCGGGUGGCCGACAGAAAUAACUAACCACAAUGUGCUCUCUGUACUCGACGAAACAUUCAAGCAGCUAGGAGUCCCUUACAAUCGUGACGUGAACAGUGGCAACAUGGUCGGACUCUCGAUCCAUCCCGAUACCGUCGACAGGGAGGCCAACGUUCGUGAGGAUGCUGCCAGAGCUUAUUUUUUCCCUUAUGCGAAUCGUUCCAAUUUGAAUAUCUUCACGAACACUUACGCGAACAAGAUUAUCUGGGCCAACAAUUCUUACAACGAGGCCGUCGCAAUUGGAGUGGACGUAAGCGGGAUCGUCGGAGUUGAUACGAUUUAUGCUUCACAAGAGGUAAUUUUGUCCGCUGGAGCUCUGAAAUCACCCAUGCUUCUGGAGUUGUCCGGUAUUGGAAACCCAGAUAUUCUCCGCAAGCAUAACAUCCCCGUUAAGGUCAACAUCCCCACGGUAGGUGAGAACUUACAGGAUCAGACAAACAACGGUCUCUCUUACGAUGGUGAGGAUUUCUGGCUCGGUUUGCCAACUUUCUCCGCACUACCAUCAGCUGCCCAGCUAUACGGAAACGGAAUUUCCACCGUCGCUUCGAAAGUCAACUCCAGCCUCGCGAGUUACGCGAAGGCUGUUGCUAACUUUUCGAACGGUGCGGUUCACGAAGCGAACGUUCUGUCUGCUUUCCAAUUGCAGUACGACUUGAUCUUCAAAUCACAGGUUCCAUAUGCAGAAAUUGUCUUCCUUCCCAUCGCAGACACGUUUUCCGCUGAAUACUGGCCUCUUCUUCCUUUCUCGAGAGGCAGUGUCCACAUAUCGUCCGCAAAUUCCUCUGCGCCAGCCGCCAUAAUCCCGAAUUAUUUUAUGUUCGACCAAGAUCUCACGACCCAAAUUGAUGUGGCUCGGUAUAUUCGCAAGGCAUUCGGCAUUGCUCCUCUAAGCGAUCUUGUCUUAGACGAGAAUGCACCGGGACUGAAUCUUCUUCCCGAAGAUGCGUCCGACUCUGAUUGGGCCGACUGGGUUAAGUCAAGUUGUGAACAGGUCAAACUACCACCCCGUCGGAACAGCCAGCAUGCUCCCCGAGAGAAGGGUGGUGUUGUCAACCCUGAACUCAAGGUCUACGGCACUAGUAAUGUCCGAGUGAUUGAUGCAUCAGUCCUGCCAUUCCAACUCUGUGGUCAUCUGACUAGCACCAUCUAUGCCGUAGCCGAACGGGCAUCGGAUUUGAUCAAGAAGAAAUACACAACAUGA